GCUGCUAAUGUUACCGAUCCAGACAACAUGCAAGCAGCUGCUGUCAAUCUGUUUUAUCUUGCUAACCUAAUGCACGAUAUCUCGUAUCAGUAUGGUUUCACCGAGGUUGCUGGCAAUUUCCAAAAUGACAACUUUGGAAAAGGUGGUAAGGGUAACGAUGCAGUCAAUAUCAAUGUCAUGGAGACUUCGGGUUCUGAAAAUGCUCUUUUUUUGACUCCACCUGAUGGUCAGCCUGGUAGAAUGGCAAUGUUUCGAUACACUUCUACUGAGCCCAAUCGCAAUCCUGGUCUUGACAGCCAAAUCGUUGUACACGAAUAUGGACACGGUAUUUCAAGUCGUUUGACUGGUGGGCCUGCAGCAGAUGAGUGUUUGUUCGACGGUGAGGCUAGAGGUAUGAGCGAGGGUUGGUCCGACCUAUUUGCCAUGAUCGUAACUGCCAAAGAAUCACACAAAACCGACACUCCAAUUAUCAUUGGUACAUAUAUUACCAAUUCAUCCACCGGUGUUCGCACUCGUCCUUACACUACUGACAUGAAAGCCAAUCCCUUCACAUAUUCAGAUAUUGGAAAUAAUCAAAAAUCUUAUAUUGUUGGUGAAGUGUGGGCUUCUAUGCUCUGGGAAGUCUACUGGAACUUGGUCACUAAAAACGGAUUCUCCACCAAUCUCCACGAUGCCAAGGGCAAGUUUGGUAACAUUAUUACUAUGCAGAAUAUGAUUGGUGGAUUUAUGCUUCAGCCAUGCAAGCCCACUUUCCUUAGUGCUCGUGAUGCUUUUAUUGCAUCUGAUGUUGCUCACUACAAUGGUGCCAACAAAUGCGAGAUCUGGAAAGGAUUUGCCAAACGCGGUCUGGGAGUCAAGGCUGCUAAUAGUACAAACGAUUUCUCAGUUCCUGAUGAAUGC